AUGGAGAAUAUAGUUUCCAAACUGAAGGAGAUUCAAGCUCGAGAUCCUUCAAAUGCUAUAGUCAAUAACACGCUUAAACAUCUUUCGCAUUCUCGAGAGAUAUCUUGGGACAUCUUAGCGCAUGAUUUUCAGCUACUGGAAGAGCAGGGACUAUGGGAGCGCACACCAGAAAAUAACGAACUCUUCAACAGCUUGCAGCACUCUUUUCAUAACUCCUCCGAUCCUGUUGCAUCCACAUACCCAGAUAUCUCGACCGUCAAAGCUCCUUCGUCAAUUGCCCCACAUCCUCUCCUCCGAUCCAUCCCUCCAAACACCAUCCUCCCAAUCGAACUCCUAGAACUGCUGAAUGAUGUAUAUUUUCUCCAUUUAUUGGCGAACGAUCCAGCCAAAGUCCUGUCCCCAGGCAAGUCUCUGCUCUCUGUAAUGUCGAAACCUCGCACGCGCGAAGAAUCAGGCGACCUGCCCAGCAUACAAGAAAAGGUCGAGGAAGUGAUCCACAAGGCCUUCUGGGAGGAGGCGCUGGAUUCUCUCUCAUCUGCGCAACCUUCCGUCCAACUGCCUCGCCUCAAGCUGCUCUACAAUGAUCUCCAUGCUGCGUUGACGCCGCUUUUGCCUGCCAAUCAUGUAGUUCUAGUUACGCUAUCUGCACCGCUGUCCCCCACAUCGGCGCCGUUGCUCUCCGCUCUGUCGCAUCUUCGCGAGGUCCUUGUCGCGCUGCAAGGGCGGUGUGCUCCUGUGCGAGACGCAGACAUCAAUGCUCCGAUGCAUCGACUGGACGAUCUUCCACCAGCAUCGAUGACCGCUGAGCUCGCCACGCUCGUGGUCGAAACUGUGCGGUCCAUCCUGAAGCUAGCAGAAGCGAUGAAAGACGACUUGUCGGAGUUUGUCCUUGGCACUAUGGGAGAGGAUCAACUUCGCAUGGCGAUCCGGGAGCAGGCUCGUGCCAGAGAACGGGGCCUUGCGCUCGAGCUCUGGAAGAAAGAGAAGAUCGAGUCGCAAUGGAACGCGUGGGUGGAAGAACUUACUGGCCCUCUGUCAUCCGUCGCUGCGCCCCCUCAGCGCAAGUGGGUUCUGCGUCUGAUCCAGGCGCUGGGCGCUGCGGCACCGGUCGCCUGCCCAUUGCCCGUGAAGCCAGUUCCUUCAGAUGAAGAACCUGGGACAGAAGCACCCCCAGUUCCUAGCAACCCAAACACACUCCCCCCUCCUUUCUUUUUCUCCGCGCCCGUGCUUUUUCACAUCCAAAACCUGCUUCAAGGUCUCGUCAUAGCAGCUGCCUUGCGCGCGCUCCUCCCAUCCGCAUCCAGCCCUAUCGCCUCCGAUUUCGUCUUGCGCAUCUGGACGCUCCUGCUCGUCUCCAUCAACGACGAGCCAGACUCGCUCGACAUUAAGCUCGUCAACUUUGCCGACGAGCUCAUACGCGCACUUGGUGGGUCUCUCGAUCCCGACGAGGAAACACGACUGCGUGCGGCCGUGGACCGCACACUCAAGCUCGAAGACCCAGUGUUCAUACUGUUGCAGCGCCGACUAAUGGUGGCAAUUGCGGGGAGGCUGGUCGCGCAGCCGGCACCUGCACGACGAGAUGUUCCGGGGAAGAUGAGUACGGGGAGGGAGAGGCCUGGGAAGCGGCCGAGGUUGGAGAUGCCGUCAUCGGAGGAAGCGGAAGAAGAGGAGACAGAGAAGUUCGAAGGGUUGCAGGUCAAAGGAUUCGAGGACCCAGUUCUUCUCGACGGGAUCAAGGAUGCAAUGAAGAAAGUACGGACUGCGAUGAGAUGGGUAGAAUCCACUUGGGUGGGCUUUGUUCAAGUCGCAGAAGUUAGGACCUAA